ACAUAUAUUGGUACUCUUCUUGUAUCUGUCAACCCUUACAAAGAGCUGGAUAUCUACACUGUGACACAGAUGCAGCUUUAUCGAGGGGUAAACUUUUUUGAACUGCCACCACAUCUAUAUGCCAUAGCUGACAACGCCUACCGGGUGAUGUGCAGUGAGUACAACAACCAUUUCAUCCUCAUCUCUGGGGAGAGUGGAGCUGGGAAGACAGAAGCAUCCAAGAAGAUCUUGCAGUAUUACGCAGUCACCUGUCCAACUACAGAGCAGCUGCAGAUUGUCCGCGAUCGUCUGCUGCUUUCCAAUCCUGUUCUGGAGGCUUUUGGAAAUGCAAAAACUCUGCGUAAUGACAACUCAAGUAGAUUUGGGAAAUAUAUGGAUAUCCAAUUUGAUUUUAAGGGAGCUCCAGUGGGAGGUCACAUCCUCAGUUACCUAAUUGAGAAAUCCCGAGUUGUUCAUCAAAACCAUGGAGAAAGGAAUUUCCAUAUUUUCUACCAGUUAUUAGAGGGUGGAGACAAGGAUCUCCUUUGCUGGCUUGGGCUGGAGCGCAACCCCCAGAAGUACAUGUAUCUCAUCCAGGGUCGAUGUGCCAAAGUGUUUUCUAUUAAUGACAAGAAUGACUGGAAAAUAGUCCGCAAAGCUUUUUCUAUCAUUGACUUCACUGAAAAAGAUGUAGAGCAUCUCUUUGGAAUUGUUGCCAGUGUGCUGCACCUCGGGAACAUCCAGUUUGAAGAAGAUAGCAAUGGACACGCCAUCAUUCGCGAUGGCACGCAGAUCAAAUGGAUUUCAAAGUUACUGGGUGUGCACUUGUCCAUUCUGCAGGAAGCUCUCACCCAUCGGAAGAUCGAAGCCAGAUCUGAAGAGGUCCUAAGUCCAUUGAAUGUGGAUCUGGCAUUCUGUGCUCGGGAUGCAGUAGCAAAGGCAAUUUACGGACGAACUUUCACUUGGCUAGUCAACAAAAUUAAUGGCUCUUUAGCCAACAAGGAUUCAACUCGGAAAACAGUUAUUGGCCUGUUGGAUAUCUAUGGCUUUGAAGUGCUGGACACAAACAGCUUUGAGCAGUUCUGCAUCAAUUACUGCAAUGAGAAGCUCCAGCAGCUGUUGAUUGAGAUGACUUUGAAAGCAGAGCAGGAGGAAUAUGAACUGGAAGGAAUAGAGUGGGAACCAAUUCCAUAUUUUAACAACAAGAUCAUCUGUGACCUGGUUGAGCAGAAGCAUAAAGGAAUAAUCUCCAUUCUGGAUGAAGAAUGCUUACGACCUGGUGAAGCAACUGAUUUGAGCUUCUUGGAAAAGCUGGAAGAGAAAGUAGGAGAUCAUGCCCACUUCGUGACUCGCAAGCUUGCAGACCAGAAAACACGGAAAUCCAUUGACUGGGUGGAUUUCCGCCUCCUUCACUAUGCAGGAGAAGUCACCUACUGUGCUGUUGGAUUUCUGGAGAAGAAUAAUGAUCUCCUGUACAGAAACUUGAAAGAGGUGCUGUGCAACUCUAAAAACGGCAUCAUGAGAGACUGCUUUUUGCUGUCAGAGCUGGACAACAGGAGGAGACCAGAGACUGUUGCAACCCAGUUCAAAAACAGUCUGACGAGCCUCAUAGAAAUCUUGAUGUCCAAGGAGCCUUCGUAUAUCCGAUGUAUUAAACCGAAUGAGAACAAGGAGCCUG